CUUCCGCUGUCCUUAUAACCCAAUCAGCCUUCCCCUAAACAAAGAAGAGAUCUUCUCUCUCUAUCCGGCCAAGCUUCGCAAUUCUCUUUCGCUACUCUCGCGCAGCUUUUCUUCUUCGCUAAAUCAAUCAAACCAAAUCUCUCUCACUAUCCCUCUGGUACUGAACAAUUCUCCUCCUUCUGAGUGAUGGGUGUGAGCUGCUGCAGGUGCUCCCACACUUCCCAUAUCACAGAGAUCAUCAUCACCAGCUUCUUUCGCCACAAAUCUUAGAAAUUCAACUUUUUAUUUUUUAAACAAGUAAACACUGUUACAUCUUCGAAUCUGGGUCUUAAGUGUAUUUGCCCAGGGCCGUGCUGACAGCGUCGGAGACCUGUAUCAGCAGGAAAAUUUGUAUAAAUAAGCAUGGCAAGUGGUGGCUCGAAUUUUUCUGUUCUUCUCCAAAGCCAACAACGUCCUUCUACUUCUCAGCCUCUUGAUGCCUUUUUUCUUACUGGGUCUUCUCCUUCUUUCCUAGGCUCAAGAUCCAUGGUCAGCUUUGAAGAUGUUCAUCAAAUAAAUGGAUCAACACGGCCUUUUUUCCGCUCUUUUGAUCAUGAAGAGAAUGUUGAUGAUGAAUUGGAUGAGUAUUUUCAUCAACCUGAGAAGAAGAGGAGACUUUCUAUUGAUCAAGUUCGCUUUCUUGAAAAAAGUUUUGAGAUUGAGAACAAGCUCGAACCCGAAAGGAAAAACCAGCUUGCAAAGGACCUUGGCCUGCAGCCUCGGCAGGUUGCCAUAUGGUUUCAAAACCGCCGAGCAAGAUGGAAGACAAAACAGCUAGAGAAGGAUUAUGAAGCAUUGCAGACUAGCUAUAACAGCCUGAAGGCUGACUGUGAUACCCUCCUCAAGGAGAAAGAUAAACUAAAUGCUGAGGUUAAUCUGCUCACAGAAAAGCUGCUUCUCAGAGAGGAGAAGGUAAAACUGGAGUCUUCUGAGAAAGAAAUAUUAUCUGAGGAACCACAGAAAAAGCCAAUUGGUGAUUCAGCUUCUGAGGAUGAAGGAUCAAAAAUUUCAUCUGUUGCCUGUAAGCAAGAAGAUAUAAGCUCAGCCAAAAGUGAUAUAUUUGAUUCAGACAGCCCGCAUUACACUGAUGGAGUUCACUCUUCACUGUUUGAAGCAGAGCAGUCAGAUUUAUCCCAGGAUGAAGAAGAUAAUUUAAGCAAGGGACUAUUGCCUGCAUAUGUCUUUCCAAAGCUUGAAGAUGCUGAUUACUCCGACCCGCCUGCAAGUUUUGAAGAUAAUGCGCUCUGGUGCUGGUCAUACUAAUUAAGCUAGCUACUCUUGUUAUAUGUAUAUCUUUUUCAUUGUGUCUGGUGUUGUGGUUCAAGGCCUCGUCGUGGAGGGCAAUUGCAAAUUAGUGAUAAAUCCGACGAGUGGCGCCCCAAUCCAAACGUGAUAUUGGGUUUUGCCUGCGCUUGGAAAGAUGGUUUAUGCCCCUGUAGGCUCUGUAAUCUUUUGAUUUUGCAUGUUUGUAAUUAAAUAAUAUCUUUGUAAUAGAUACAGUUUGAAAUUUGAUGCAAUCCAUGUUUUGGCCAUUUUUCAGGAAA